AUGGUGACCUCAACAGCGGUCACUACUAAGGUGGCCUCCGGGUCCCCCUACCAACUCGAGAAGAGCCAGGUUUCCAAAGCUUCUUCUGCGCUUUUGCGACACAUCAAAUCGAAACAGGUUGAAAAGGAGAAGUCGGCAACCAAGAAGACUCUUAUUGGAGACAACGACGAGUCCGACGAUGAAACCCCACUCAACAACGAGGCUGUCUGGCUCGUGGUCACUACCAAGAAGCACGUUGUCGACAAGAACCGCCUGAAGCCCGGCAAGAUUACCGUCCCACACUCCCUGAAUGACUCUUCGAACCUUAGCGUCUGCCUCAUCACCGCCGACCCUCAGCGCUCGGUCAAGAACAUUGUUACCGAUCCUUCCUUCCCCGAACAUCUUACUUCCCGCAUUGACCGGGUUAUCGGCUACUCCAAGUUGAAGGCCAGAUAUCAAAGCUUUGAGAGUCGGCGACAACUCCUGUCCGAGCACGAUGUCUUUCUGGCGGAUGACCGGAUCAUUUUGCGCUUGGUCAAUACCCUUGGAAAAAUCUUCUACAAGUCUAGCAAGCGGCCUAUUCCUAUUUCGAUCGCCAAGGUUGAGAAAAAAGAUGGCAAGAGGGUGAAGAAGGAUCCAAAGCAGAAGUCGAAAGAAGAAGAUAGUGCUUUCGCUUCCCCCGCCAUUGUCGCUAAGGAGAUCGAGAAGGCACUUCACUCCGCUCCUGUCCAGCUGGCUCCCGCCACUACCGCCUCCAUCCGCAUUGGUUCAUCUAAGUUUACUCCAGAGCAGCUGUCUGAGAACGUUGAUGCUGUUGUUCAGGGUUUAACUGAUAAGUUCAUUACGAAGGGCUGGAGAAACAUCAAGGCCCUUCACAUCAAGGGCGCCACUACUAUGGCCAUGCCGAUCUGGCUAGCCAAUGAAUUGUGGGUUGAGGAAGGUGAUGUGGCUGAAGGCGCCGCUGAUGAUGAGGCGAAGGCGCUCGAAGGCGCCAAAAAUAAGAAGCGCAAGCAGAAUGCAGAGGAUGAGAAGUUGCUGGAGGGCAAUAAGAAGUCCAAGAAACCCAAGGCUGCUGAUGAGGACGAGGACGCCGCCGCCAGGAAAGAGAAGCUUCAGAAGCAGAAGGCCAAGGCCCUGGAGGAUGGCAACGUUGCCAAGACGACAGAAUCCGCUACGAAAGCUGGAAAGAAGAAGAGAAAGUCGACCUCAUAA